AUGGCUGCCGCUGAAGCUUCUCCAUCCACCUCAUCCGAUAAGGAGAUUUACUUUGUUUUGGACGAUCAGCGUGAGAUCAAGGUCCACAACUCCCUCCAGCAUCUCUCUGGAUUCCUCAAGGACUUCCUGAAGAGUUUGGGUGAGGAGCAGGAAGGAAACUCCAUCAAGAUUCCCACCAAGGACGUCGGAUACGAUGAGGUCGAACUUCUCAACAAGUUCGUCGCCUUCUUGGAGCAACAUCACAAGGAUCAAGUUAGAAAUGAGCAGGACCGCAAGGAUUUCUGGAUGGAAUUUAUUGUAAGUCUUAUUGUACUUAUUGCCUUCGCAUUCUUAGAUGUUAUUUGAAUGACGAUAAAACUUUAUGAUUUUCAGCCCAGCAACCGCGAAGAGUUGCGUCCCUUGGCAAAGGAUGUCGACAAGGAUCUGCUGAUCACUGCCGCCAAUGCCGGAGAUUUUCUGAUCGUCCCCGCCUUCAUCUCUUUCUGCACUUACUUCCUUUGUGAACGUGCCCAAAAUCUCAAGUUGAAGGAGCUCCGUGAAUUCCUGAAUGAGGAGGCUGACUUCGACGAGGAACAGCUCCGCAUCAUCAGAGAAUGCCCCGAAUUCGAUAAUCUGUAA